AUGAACUGGUCAAUGAUCAUGAUGCUCUCAAUCUUCCUAACCCUAGCUCUCUCCAUAAAUGCACAAACGAGCAGCUCCGAUUUGAUUUCACAAGUCUGCGAGCACGCACCUCGCAAAGGCUUCUGCCAAUCCGCGCUCCGGUCCGAUCCGAGGAGCGAGAAGGCGGACACCGCUGGGCUCGCGGCGGUCGCGCUCCGGCUCGCCGCCUCCAACGCCACGGACAAUGCAGCCUUCAUCGGCCGGAUGCUAGGCGGCGGCGCCGGCGGCGACGGGGGGAGCUUGGACCCGGCGGUGGAGCAGUGCCUCAGCGACUGCGCCGACCAGUACGCGGACGCGGUGGAGCAGAUGGAGGCGUCGAUAGCCGCCGCGAGCACAGGGGACUACGACGGGCUGAGGCCGUGGGUGAAGGCGGCGAUCGCGGACGCGGAGUCGUGCGAGGAAGGGUUCAGGAUGGAGGCCGGGGCCGACCAGAUGGUGAUGUCGCACCGGAACAAGGUGUUCAAGCUGCUGUGCGACACCGCGCUGAGGAUCGUGGAGCUGCUAGUGCUCGCUUGA